UGAUAGGCCCCACCGGAUGAUGCAGAUGCUCCUAUCGCGUUUCUUAUCGAUAUCGAUAAGACUCCAGUCAAUCGUCUGGCUCCAGCUAAAAUAAUUAAGUUGCUAUCACCGUUCCAUUGUGUCAAGCCACACGGAUCAAUACGCCUUUGCGCACCUGAACAGGUACACCACAAAACAUGCAAUUAUGAGACCAUCCCCUUCGCGGAUCGCCCUUCAUGCCGUUCGACAACUACCCACGUCGGUGAGCGGGCCGCGCCCGCUGCGCUCUUUUCACAUCACGGCACCCUGCCAACCGCGAAAACGCAGCUUCUUCACAUCGAACCCGUACCUAGCGCUGAACGGCACCGACGAUUUCAAGUCCGCGAGGGAAAAUGAUAAAAUGCAAGCGUCCGUUGCCCAGCAUCCCACGAAGCGAAAGGCUACCAGGGCCACUACGGCCAAGAACUCGUUACGCAGAGUCGCCCUGAUAGCGCAGUCACCAAAACGAGGCACCGAGGGGCCAGUUGCUGGAGACAUCGAAGCCGACACAACGAACCUUGUGAGCGCGACAUGUGUGGCCGAAUCUUUCAAGAUGCCCAUGGUUCUGGACAUCUUGUCGUCCCAUGGCUUCGCCAUCAACCCCGACGGCACUGACUUUGACGCCAACGAGGUCGUCCAUGCGCGAGGCGUCAAUGGCGGCGACAUCUUCGUGUUUCCCUCCGGCACAAUCGUGACAUGGUCCUUACCCCCGGACGUGGUGACCCGACAGCUCAUGCGCGCCGCAGAGGAGCCGCACCAGGCAGUCAUGCGCGAGCUCGAGGAUCUCGAGUUUACGACGGACGUGAACCGCGAAACCAGCACCAUGAAGGGGGACAUUGUAGUCCUAGGCACGCGCAAGGAGAACAAGGAGGGCGACACACUGGAUACGACAUUGGCAAAGGUGGCCUUCUCCUCGGGGCUGGCGCGAAGCACCAAGCUUGCGGUCCUGGAAAGCGCACUGACGUCGUACUUUGAGUCUACCCGCAAGAUUCCACACAUCCUGUCUCGCGGUGCGGGCUUCCCCUUUGGACGCAAGUUCAUCCUGCAAAAGACAGGCGAGCUACUGGGCUUGCGUGCCCGGCUGAACCACUACUCCGAGCUCACGGACUCGCUCCCCGACAUCCUGUGGGACAGCCGUUCCGAGCUUGGCUUGGAGGGCUACUACGAGCAGGUUGGUCGGGCGUUGGACGUCAAUGUCCGCAUACGUACUCUGAACCAGAAGAUGGAUUACGCGCAAGAGAUCGCGAGCGUGCUGCGCGAAAUGUCUAGCGAGCAGCAUGGAACACGCCUAGAGAUCAUCAUCAUUCUGCUCAUCGCGGUCGAAGUGAUAUUCGAGCUCAGGCGGAUCUUCUUGGAAUGGGCACAAGAGAGGGAAGCUGCCAAAGAGGCGGCGCUGGCAUUGCAAGGCAACUGAAUAUUUGAAUCAUUUUUGUAUAACACGUUGUGAUACCCACCCCCAACUCAAUAGUAGUUGCAGCUCUGUGCACAACAACAGACUUUUUACAGGUCAAAUCCUUGCUUCGUCUAUUAAUUCGCACGUACAACAUUUUCUU